UACUCAAUGUUGGGUACAUUGAUAUUAAAUACUUAAAUCAAAGAUCAAAGUUCAAGCUGUUAGAAGUGUCUAAUUUGCCGGUGGACUUAAUUGUAUCUUGUAGUAUAUUGCACAAUAGUAAGCAAUAUGCCUCAUUUGAGAAUUGAAACGAAUAUUUCAAAGGAAAAAUUUACUUCUAACUUUCUUGUUGACACAACUGAUGUGAUUGCAAAAGCUCUAGGAAAGCCGAAAAGUUACUGUGUUGUGAGCGCAAUACCAGAUCUGCCAAUGGCGUGGGGCGGCACCACUGAGCCAGCGGCCAUAGUCACCCUCAUGAGCAUCGGCCAGUUGGGGGUCGAACCCAACAAGAAGAUAUCCAAGGUGCUCUCUGAGCACUUUGAGAAGACACUGCAGCUGCCGAAAACAAGGGUCUACAUAAACUUCAUAGAUGCAGCUUCAAAGGACGUUGGAUAUGAUGGGACCACAUUCAAGGAAAUACUUGGUUAAGUUUGUGGAGCUAAAGUUUGAAGUCUGCAUUUUAUUAAAUGUAUUUGUAGAUGUAAAAUCAGAAUUAUUAUUUUCUUAAUUUUUUUCAACACUUAGAAAAAUAAUGGAGUAAAUAUUGGAUGUAUAUACAAAUUUAUUUAAAUGGCACUUGCCCAAA